AGCGCCUGCUUCUGCUGACCAAAAAAAUAAAAUAUUCAUUUUUUCAGUUUUUCUUGUGUUGGAUUAAUUUUGUAAUAGGGCAGAUUAGUACUCUUGACGGUCAAAGACUCGCAGUAGUCACCGAGAGAGAGAGAUGGAGAGCGCCGCCUGCUUCUCAAACGCCACCACCGGUCGCCUUCCUCACAGAAACGCCGCCGAUGGCACCCUUCUAUCCCCAUUUCGGAAUCCUACUCAUCUCUUUUCGUCACGUACUCUCAAAAAGCUUCCAGUUCAGGUGCGCUUUCCUUGUCUAAGAACUGCUUUCGGCAGUCUGAAUGCAUCUGCUUUUCGAAUUGGCACGACAAUCAGCACUGAAAAUGAAUCGGUUGAGGUUGAUUGGGAUUCACUUGGAUUUGGACUGGUGCAUACUGAUUAUAUGUACACCAUGAAAUGCUCGCGAAGUGAGAGUUUCUGUGAAGGGGAAUUAGUGCCCUUUGGGAACAUUGAGAUCAGCCCAUCAGCUGGAGUUCUUAACUAUGGACAGGGGUUAUUUGAAGGUCUGAAAGCAUAUCGGAAGGCAGAUGGUAAUAUUUUACUGUUUCGCCCUCAAGAAAAUGGGACAAGGAUGAUGAUGGGGGCGGAGCGAAUGUGCAUGCCUUCUCCUUCUGUUGCUCAGUUUGUUGAAGCCGUUAAGGCCACAGUAUUGGCAAAUGAAAGAUGGAUACCACCUCCUGGUAAAGGUUCACUAUACAUAAGGCCAUUGCUUAUGGGAAGUGGAAGUGUACUUGGUCUUGCACCAGCUCCUGAGUAUACUUUUCUGAUUUAUGUUUCUCCUGUUGGUAACUAUUUCAAGGUUUACACUUUACCCUUAUUCCUCCUAUCUCUUGAAUACACACAUCACAUUCAGAUUUGAGAUUUAUCAAUGAUGAGUAAGUUUGUGCUGU